CUCUCUCUCCUCUUUCUUAGCUCCCUAAUAUUAAAGAGAAAAUGUUGCUAUCAGUGACUUCCAGACCUGGGAUUUCGACUUUUGGCUAUAACAAGAACAACAAAAAGCCAUAUGUGUCAUUGUCUCAGCAGAUGGCACCACCUAGUCCAAGCAACAGUAUCCCUAGCAGCAGCAGUGGGAGCAAUGGAAAUGACCAGCUGAGCAAAACCAACCUUUACAUCCGGGGUUUGCAACCAGGCACUACUGACCAGGACCUUGUCAAGUUGUGUCAGUCAUAUGGCAAGAUUGUCUCCACUAAGGCCAUAUUGGACAAGACCACAAACAAAUGCAAAGGCUAUGGCUUUGUGGACUUUGACAGUCCUUCAGCCGCACAGAAGGCUGUAACAGCACUGAAAGCCAGUGGUGUACAGGCACAGAUGGCAAAGCAACAGGAGCAGGACCCCACAAAUUUAUACAUAUCAAACCUGCCACUGUCAAUGGAUGAGCAAGAACUGGAGGGAAUGCUGAAGCCCUUUGGCCAAGUUAUCUCCACUCGAAUCCUUCGAGACACCAGUGGCACCAGCAGAGGGGUUGGCUUUGCAAGGAUGGAGUCCACAGAGAAGUGUGAAGCCAUCAUCACCCACUUUAACGGGAAAUAUAUUAAGACACCCCCUGGAGUACCAGUCCCAUCUGAUCCGUUGCUUUGCAAAUUUGCUGAUGGUGGGCCAAAGAGACGACAGAACCAAGGAAAAUUUGUGCAAAAUGGACGGGCCUGGCCAAGGAAUGGAGACAUGGGUGGUAUGGCCUUGACCUAUGACCCCGCUACAGCUCUUCAGAAUGGGUUUUACCCAGCUCCAUAUAACAUCACCCCCAGCAGGAUGCUUGCUCAGUCUGCACUCUCCCCAUAUCUUCCAUCUCCUGUGUCUUCAUAUCAGAGAGUAACUCCGACAUCUCCUCUGCAAGUACCUAACCCGUCGUGGACGCACCACCAGCCAUACCUCUUACCGCCUUCAGGUUCAGUUCUGACACCAGGGAUGGAUCACCCCCUUUCUCUCCAGCCUGCCUCCAUGAUGGGACCUCUUACCCAGCAACUGGGCCACCUCUCCCUCAGUACCAUGGGCACGUAUAUGCCAACAGCUGCAGCUAUGCAAGGAGCUUACAUCUCCCAGUACACCCCUGUGCCUUCGUCCAAUGUUUCAGUUGAGGAGAACAGCAGCCAGCAAAAUCAAGUGACUAUGGACGGUCCCUCAGACCAUGGGGUCUAUUCUUUCCAGUUCAACAAGUAACAGUGGAUUCCCCUCCCCAUCUUUAUUGAAUACAAAUGAAUUCUUGGAGAUGCUGAUGCUCCCAGACUCAGGGCUAACCAGGAAUACAGAUCAUCUGUGGGCCCUGCUAAGACCUAACACUUGGCCAUCGUUUUUCACAGGCCUGGGCCUGAAAAAGGAAUCUCUGCACUCCUGUUCUCCCUCUGCUGUUCCUCCAUUGCUGAUGGAGCCUGGGGGAACCGUCACUUUUUGCUUGUGUACAGUCAAGGAAAUCAAAAAAACCUUUUUUUUGCAAAGAAAGUUUUAUGGGUUGUUUGUUUUCUAACUACAAUAUACUCUUCCCCUACCCCAAAGAGACAUGGUGCCUGGAGCUUCUUCUCAUCUGUAUGAAAAAAACUUUUUGAUGUGUUGAACUUAUUUGAGAAGGCUUUUAAGAUUUUUUGUUAUUUCGUCUCUUAAAAGAAAAGUAAAAAGAAAGGUGUGGUGCUAGAACAUUGAAGGAGUCUUA